ACGAAGCAGCCACAGGUGAUUUUUGUAAACAGUGGUCGUCGGGUUAGCAUUACGGCGAUGUGAAAGUUCCUUGACGGUUUCGGUCUGCGUUUUUCUCUCGCGUCAACUCCACGGAUUCAGUGACACUGUCGUGCGCGUGACUGAUGCGUCCAAGGCUGCACCAUGUGGAUGAAACCGGAGGAGAUUCUUCUGGCCAACGCUCUAUGGGUGACGGAGCAGUCGAAUGCCUUCUUCACCCUGCAGAGGCGGAAAGGUCACGGCACCAAGGGUCUAUCAUCGGUUCUCGUAGGCACACUCGAUUCAGUAUUUGACAGCAAGCCUGCCCCAUAUAGAAUACUGCACCGGACACCCCUUUCUGAAGUCAGCUAUGUUGUGGCCACCUCGCUGUCACGUGAAGAGAUCUUCCAGAACUGGGCCUGGAUUGAGCAGAACCUCCUCGAGACACUCAAGUCCUUCGACUCUGAGGACGAGGCAACGGAGUUUGUGUGCUGCAAGAUUCGCAGCCUAGUGGCGCAGCGCGAGGUCUCCCUGCUGGAGGUGGACCAGGACAACGCGCAGUUCCGGCUCAACGCCAGCCGCUUUGCCUCCAUCUUCCACCUGCCCCCACAGGAGAAACUAGUCAACUACUACUCAUGCAGCUUCUGGAAGGGUCGUCUUCCACAGCAGGGCUGGCUCUACCUGAGCAUGCAGCACCUGGCCUUCCACUCGUUCCUCUUUGGACAGACCACCCGACUGCUGCUGCGAUGGACCGACAUCACGACCCUGGAGAGGAGCAACAAUUUCCUGUUCCCAGAGACCAUCAUGGUCGCCAGCAGACAGAAGAAACAUUAUUUUUCCAUGUUCACCAACAUCGUAGAGACGUUCGCCCUCAUGGAGCAGUUGGCAAACCUUGCCAUGAGACAGCUCAUCUCCGAGGAGACGUUUGAGGCCGAUCAGCAGCUUUCGCGAAAGCUCAGCUGUAAUGCACCCAAGAAGCUUCCACUGCUGAAGAGGGACCUGGACGCCAGGGCCCAGAGCGAGACCUACCGGACAAUGUUUCGUCUGCCGUUAGACGAGCGGCUAGAUGGAAGCCUAGAGUGCUGCCUCUGGACGCCUUACAACAAGCAGGCUGUCCGUGGGAAGCUCUACCUGUCACCAAACUACAUCUGCUUUGAGAGUCGGGUCAAGAACCUGGUGUGUCUGGUGCUUCCCCUGCGGCUACUACAGGUGACGGAGAGAGUGGACAGCCACCACUCCCUCUCAAACGCACUUCUGCUCACCACCAGGAACAAGGUAAACUUCCUGCUUGCACAAGUUGAGGGGCGGGAUUUCCUCAUCGAGAAGAUUUCCGAGCUCCUGGCCAAACUUCCCCAGCACAAGGAAAUUCCUUGUCCAGAGGAAGACAGUACCUCCCUUGCGUCUUCAAGUUCGUCGGCAUCAUGGGAGCCGGAAGCGUCGCUGGCGUCACGCUUUGAGCUGCCCCGUUCGCUGGAGGCCCAGGAAGCCGAGACCCAGAAAGAGAAGCAGUGGGAGGAGCACUUUGCCGAAUAUGGACGGGGCCUGUGUACUUAUCGUACCAGCAAGGCGCAGGAGCUGGUCUUGAUGGGCAUUCCAGACAGCCUCAGGGGCGAGCUCUGGAUGCUGUACUCGGGGGCCAUUCACGAGCUGGAAACCCAUCCCGGCUACUACCGGCGGGCAGUGUCUGAGAGUAUGGGCAAACACAGCGUGACCAGCGAUGAGAUCGAGCGUGACCUACACCGCUCGCUGCCUGAGCACCCGGCCUUCCAGAGCCCCCAAGGCAUCAAUGCCCUGCGGAGGCUUCUCAACGCCUAUGCAUGGCGCAAUCCAGCCAUUGGGUACUGCCAGGCGAUGAACAUUGUGGCCUCGGUGCUGCUGCUGUAUGCUUCAGAGGAGGAGGCCUUCUGGCUCCUGGUGGCCCUAUGCGAGCGGCUACUCCCCGACUACUACAACACCAAGGUGGUUGGUGCCCUCAUCGACCAGGGUGUACUGGAGGAUCUGGCAAGGGACCACAUUCCGGAGCUGUAUACCAAGCUGGACUCGCUGGGCGUGCUGUCCAUGAUCUCACUCUCCUGGUUCCUCACCAUCUUCCUCAGCGUGAUCCCGUUCGAGUCAGCUGUCAACAUUGUUGACUGCUUUUUCUAUGAUGGUGCCAAGGUGGUGUUCCAAGUGGCGCUGGCCGUGCUUGAGGCCAACCAGGAGCGGCUACUGAGCUGCAAGGACGAUGGCGAGGCCAUGAUGGUGCUCUGCAGCUACCUCGAAAACGUGCAUAACCCGCAGGCGGGCAUCUGCUCUCGGUCAGCAUCUCAACCUGCGACCGAGUCCAAGGCAGCCGUGGAUAUUUCGACUCUAGUCUAUGACUCGUACAGCAAGUACGGCUUCCUCACGUCGACCAUGAUAGAGAAGCUUCGCCUCAAACACAGACUCAGUGUUGUCCAGGGUCUGCAAGAUGCCAGUGUGAAGAACGUGCUGAGGAGCCUGAGCUUGGACCCCCGCAUCUCAGCACUCCUGACGCAGAAUGAGCUCAGCGACCUGGUGGCACUCAUCAGGGAGCAGCAACUGAGCCAGCACAGCUGGGGUACGGGACCGCCAGGCGUGGCUCCGCCCAACGUCGACAGUGGCGCCCCCUAUGGCGAGCAGCUGUUCCACCUGGACAUGGACCAGUUCCUCAGCUUCCUAGGCGCCAUGGGCCCAUGGAGUAAUGGCGAGCAUCCACGUCGUCUGGGCGUGCGUCUGUUCCGGCUAGCCGAUGCCGACUGCGACGGAUGGGUGAGCCUGGCCGACUUCUGCCGCAUUCUUGCUAUGUCUUCACGCGGCGAUAUGGACGACCGGCUGCGGCUCCUCUAUGGUGCUCACUUAGCCGUCUGCCAGCCAGGCGAUGUCGAAGAUUCUCAACGAGACUCUGCAGACGACAGUCCCGAGCAGGAGAGCACCGAAGUUGCUACCGAGGCCGAGGAGUACUUCAGCUCCCUGGAGGAGGGAUCCUCCAUCGACCAGGUCUUGUCUUCGUCUGCCCCAGAGGGCGGCACGCCUGUUUCGCAGCGGCAGCAGCUACAGCAGCGCGUGGAGCUUCUCGACGCAGUGCUCCAGCGCAACCGAGACACCGACUCGUUCUUUGGCUCGACCUCGCUGAGCAGCAGCUAUGGAAGCAGUGGAGAUCCCUCUAGGUCUUCCAGCAAAUCGUCGGACAUGACUCUUCCUGACAUGAACCAGGAACAGUUUGUCCAGAUGUGGCAGACUGUGUACAACCUGUUUGUGGGCCACCCAGACGAGCAGGACUUUUACCAUGCUCUCGCUUGCACAGGAACCGAGCUGCUGCAAAUGGGAGAGAUGAACCAUGAAGCCAAGACCAAGCCAGAAGGCUCGGCGGGUGAGCAUUCUGGCGGAGAUGGGACGCAUCAGGAGACUCCCCGAGAUGGCAGUGUUGCGGCGGCGACCGUGUCAUCGGACAUUUGGGACCGGCACUGGCACAUCAGUUUCCAGCAGUUCCGUGCGUGCCUGCACAAAGACGAACACCUAGCACACUUUUUCGACUCCAAGACAGCUGUGUCCGGAGCACUGGAGGCGCUUCGCAGCAGCCGACUCCAGCAGCGAGCCUCCACCACGCCUCCGCUUACGGGUGCUGUCAAGGUCUGAAGAGGCUUUGCAGUCCCCCCGGUGUGCCAAGCUGGGUCCGUACUGUGCUGGGACACUGUGCUGAGGAGAUGUGAUGAUUUGAACGCUAUAGUGGGGACAGAUCUGCAAGCGAGUGCUGCCAGUGUGCCAUGAUGCACAUAGCCACUUAAAGAGGAAAGGUCUAUAAAUAUUCGUCUGUACAGCAAACAUUGUUUGUAAAUUGUUGAUGGCUGUGACCUUGUUGACAUGUUGUAACCUUUAUACAGCACAACCCAAGUACUGCAGCGUCUCCUGGAGCUGUAGGAGUCCCAGCGCCGCAAGUCUCAUGUGAGAAAGGACGGCCUUGCAGCAGGUGACAAUCUAGCUCCCACUUGCAAGACGCUCUGCAACGCCGUGCUGCAGCAAGCUUUGAAGAAGAAAGCAGAUGGCUGUCCAUUAUGAACAUCCUUGCAUAGCUGAAGAAUCUGAGUAUUUGAACAUAACUGCAAAACAUCCCUGCAGAGAACAUGUGUUUCAGAAGCAUCUGGAAGAUAAAUAUGCAUGCAUCUACACCCUAUGGACAGGCUGGCGUUUUCUGUGGAACAAGGCUGCAGAGCGCUGGUGAAAUUAGCGGUCGGAGAGGAUGAUGCAUAACAGUUUGAUUUCGGCAUGGCUGUCCAGCAAUGCUAAGAGGUGCAUGCUUCGCAAGAGCUGAGAUCACUCUGAGCUCCAGUUGUCUGUACAUCUCGGACAGCUUCUUCACUGAGGCAAGCUCUGUACUAUGGCACCCUUGGAAGUUCAGUGAGACUUAUCAUUCUAAACUUAAGCUCCUGCUUCUGAUAUCCCUUUUGUGGCCAACUCCAGAGGAGGCACGAGCCAAGUAAAAGGGGCAAGAAAUCGCAAAGCUGGAAAUCCUUUCUCAUAUGAUUGUUAAUCUGUUCAACGCUGAACCAAGUUGGAAUUUGUCAGAAAUUGUUACUGCGUUGCGCUGCUGGAAGUGGACUGCGGUGCCUCUGCAUCACGCACCAUUGCGCCAUUUGCCAGAUGAACAUUGUGCGGAUGUGCUCUUGCAGCAGCUGGAGAAAGUGCCAUGGACCAAGAAGUGAUUUCGCAGUGUAAUUUGUGUGAGCUGUGCUCUGCUGGUGCCGUCCUUCGAUUGAAGUUCUAAUUUUUUUAUGCACCACGAGAAAGAGUGCCUGUAUGAAAAGGUACCGUUUUGCGUUGCGUGGCCUGACCAUGUUUAUUGAAGCUCUGACCAGUAUUGGGCUGCCUGCACAUAGCAGCUCGCAUUUCGGAAUAGGCCACCCUAGGCCACACUGGUACACUCUUUUAAAGACUUACACCCUGUGUGGUGUAAAACUGCACCUAUUUUCACCCUUGUGUGAAGUUACACCCUUUGCGAUGUUAUCCCUUCUACAUUGUAAAAUUGUGCCUUUCGUGCUGCAACAUUGCCGUGCAGUGAUAAUGACCAUUUCUGAGUGUGUUUGCUUUUUCAUUCUCUUUAAAUGCUUCUCGCCUUGUACUUUCUUCUUGAGGAGACAGUGGGAUGCUCACGAGAUGCAUAGCACUACUUGCAGGAAAGUGACGGGCACACAGCGUUGAUGGGGGGAAACGCGUGCAUGAAGACAAUAUUGUUGCAUGGUGAAAAUUGUUUCCCGGAGGGUGCAAGCUUUCAGACAAUGCACUGUGUGGAAGUCACAUUCUUGAUUUAUAUCGGCAUGUGGGGUUUUAUCUGCACGAUGUCUGCUCGCACUUUAUUGGAAUCUUAACCGGCAUGCAUUUGCCAACAAGCCAAAGCCAUUAUCACUUCUGCAGUGCUUGCGCCUGCUAAUUGUUGCAUGACCUAGAAUCCCAAUUGACGAAACUCUUUGAACUUGGAAAUGACCACAUGAAUUUCGAAAGCUCCUUUAGUUGCUCCAUAAUUCAGAAGACAUCAACUCUACAUAGCAGCUGCAUGAAUACUUGUCUUCUGCCAGAGGAGCUGAAGGGUUUUCUUGUAAUUUUCUUUCCUUCUUCUCAUUUCUUUUUUUAAAUCUUAUUGUGUUUCCAUCAACCAUAAUUGUCCGGGAGCCACAAAUGUCUGUUGUGGCUUCCUACAUCACUCACGGGCCGUUCAGCAAUGUUUACUCGCUCAUACUGCCCUAUCUGUUGCCUCCAAUACGACAGGUACGCUGCUCAAUUUCGCACAUCUAGAAUUCGACGUACGCUGAAUGAUUUUGCUCAUGUACGUGUGAAGUUUGUCAGUGGUGUCAUAAAUGCGUGUCACUGCAUCCGUAUUUUUGGUUGCACACCCUGUCUGUAUCCGUUGAGGAGGGGGCCAAGGUGGCAGGCAACCCUAAUUUGUGGAGCUCGUGGUCACGUACUGAGUGCUGCAGUCUUCUUAAAACAUGGAUAGACACAGCACUUCUAGUUAUUCCGCUUCCUUGUUCACUCUCCUAAUUGUUGUACCGAGGCGUAGCAUGUGACAGCAAGUCUUGUAACUAAUGCCAUGUUACUAGUGUUACAUAUGGGGGCAAGUACUCUCCCAUCUUGUCCAGGAUAUAAUGCAAUGUAUGUACUGUCGUGGCAAUGCUAAACCUGGCAAGAAAAAUGGAUCAGCGGAAACCAUCUACAGGCGCAAGGGCAAUACGCCUGUUGCUGAGCGCAGCUAAUGGAUUGCACCACCAUUGGUUGCACUGAUAAAAAAAUAUUUCUUGAUCUAGAAGCGUUGCAGAUGUGCGCUUUUUAUGUUUUCUGGGUAAGACGGGUAGAUAACACACACAGAUAUGCAUUGUUGGCAAAGUGCAGAUUAGGACUCUUUGGUUGGUACGGAAUUAUUACAAUUAACGGCAUGAAAAGACACUUUGAAACAAAAGAGGCAAGUAUGGUGGUGUCCUCGUCUCUCCAAGAGUGUUGUUCAAUUAUGUUUAUGUGCUCUUAACUGUAAUUUAAUAUCUGCUAGAAUGUACUAAAUAUUUUGCGGAUCCUCUUAAGAUUCACGGAUGUAACAAGAGGAAAGGCUCUUGAUGGAUUAGAAAGAUUUUAAAAAAGAAUAAAAUGUAUAUGAUGUAAACAAGUAACGCAUAGUGCAGGAAUCGAGUUAUCUUCAAAGCAUAGUUCUGAAUAUAGUGAUAGGUGGUUUCUCAGGCUAAUACAUAGAAAAAAAAUGUGCAAUAUAUUUGCACAAAUAGUGAUACUAGCUAAAACAUCAAAUAAUAUUAUAGCAAUGUUUCCUGUGCUUUACAGGCAAAUCUGAGAAGAGAAAUGUUUUUUAUGGGGUGGCAUUUGUUGAUGACAACAGCAAAGUUGUCACGGGAUGAGCUUUUCAAAAAGAGGCUCGUGCUUUGUGGAAUAAAGUGCAGUGUUUACAUUGCAUAACGCUCAUUUCAAUAUAACAGCAGUGGCAGUCAGUGUUGCAAUUCUUUUUUUUUUUUUCGACAAAGCUUAUACAAAAACGAAAUUCAACACCUGCCACAACCCACUACAUCUUUCACAGUUUAGCUGAUCAAGAUUUCAUUCAAAGCACGAAAGAAUUUGCUGUCCAUUGAAAGUGUAUUUUGGCCACUAAGCACUGAUUGAACUCUCGUGGGUCGAGCAGGUAAAUUUGCUGAAAUUAACUGUUUGGGUAGGGUGUUAAACAAAACUCAAUGCCAAAUGCUAUGUCUGUGUAAGUUUUGCGCUCAAAUCAGUUUUAUUUUAACCAGGUUGUCAAUUUGUUCGGCAGUGCUCAGUACAUGACUCACUCUCGCUUGGAACUGUCCUUGCCUGCAACUUAUUUAUUAUCAUGUGCCUGUUUCGUGAACACUUAUUGCUUGCCUAUAUAUUGCCAUGUUGGAAGAUAAUGCCAGGGACAUACUUUUCAUUAUUACUCUGAUGUGUGGCAUGACAGUGUUCCGCAAUCAUUUCCUGAACAUGUUUCUGUCCAUUGCACAUCACACCACGAAAGAAAGAAUUGCACCACUUGCUUACAUGUGGAAAUUCAGAACCACAAGUGGCGUGCAAGUUUCCAGUUAAUGUUAGUUGUUUGCAUUCUGUUACGGCUCGGAAGGGCAUGGUUUCAAUGCAGCUGUUUUACCGGCAGAUUCUGGCCUUGCAUUUUGACCGAAGCGCAAAUCCUAACCUGCGCUGCAAAGCUGGCAAAAGCCACCGCUUUUUGUGACAGUGCCUGUUUGUGAUGCUGCAUGUGUUGAUGAAGCCUAGCUGCGUGCUUUUUCGCAUGUUUGGUAGCACAAGUUAAGAGACGUUUGCUUGUUUAAAAGCAUCAGCAGAAGCCGUACUUGACCUUGCCUUUGCAUAUGAACGUGUGGUUACAGCAAACAAGCCUCGUAAAUUUGCGUGCAUUAUGUAGGUGCGAGUAUCAUGUUAACUGGUUAUAACCAAGAUGUUGCUUUCGAUGCUGAAAGCAAGAUCAAAGAUGUCUUUGCCAUGCAUGCAUUUGGCUUUUUAGGCACGCACCUGUUAUAGCUCACGUCAAAUAUUUUAUCAAAAAGACUAGCACGGUCUGUGCACAGUAGUAAAAGACACGUUUAUAGGCAUAUAUUUUGUUACACGAUACACUGAACAUGUAAUCUGUGUUCUUGGGCAGGAAUUUUAACAGGACGACAAGUACAGUGCUCACUUAGGUCCGGUGCGCAUAAGCCAAGGUAUCCUAGAAACUAAACCACAUAUAUUAACAGUUAUCAAACUUUGAUCAUGCAUAAGCGGUCUAUGUAAACUUACCUUUUAUCUAAUGUGUACUGCAUUAGGAAGAACAUGUCAAAUGCAUGGCAACCAGCAUUGCCAUGUUAACAAAGUUUAUGUAAAUCUUGUAGCAGCCAUCUUAAUCUAGAAUUUGGGGAAUCUAGUCAUAAUCAAUAAUGUUCUGCUCCAGCACAUCUCUUCUUAUUACUGUUAUUUUUUUGUCCGGGUAUUGAUCUGGAUUUCUAUUCAACCUUCUGCAACUCUGCAAGCUGUCCCAGUGAGCAUGCUUUAAACACCUUCAAACACAGUCUCGUUUAAAAAAAAUUUAACUCUCCACAUGCAAAAACGUUUGUGGCAGUUCAUCUCUGAAUAUCUGUGAAUGCGAGCAUUGUCAGUGAAUGUCUAAUUGCAGCUAACCACAGUCAAACCUUGUUAUGACAGUUUCAAUAGAUUAAAAAAUACCUUCAUUAUAUCUGGCAUUUGCUAUAAGCAUGUAUUUGUUGCGCAUGGAUAGUAGCAAAACAUUCUAGAUUUACUUCACUAUAUGGAAUAAUUUACUAUAUGUAAUAAAUUGCAUAUCCAUGUUUACUAUAUCGAAGUUGGACUGCGUAUAAUUGAUGAUUGCUCUACAAUUGAGUUAGAAUGUUACUUUUUAAGUGUGUAGCCUGGAUAUUGGAACUAAAUUAACCCCUCAUUAUAGUGAAUUCAUCUGGACAGGAAGUGGCAUUCGUUAUAAACUGUACUUUGUUAGAAGCAGAGAUGCCCCAAGAGAACCAUAGAAAUGCUUCCAGUGCACUCCAACGGCCUGGGGACUUGUAAAACACGUACUGAAGCAUAACAGACUGAUAUGAGGAACCAACCAAAGCUUGUGUGGAACAAUAAAAUGAAAAAUGUGGUUAUUUAUUGGCCAUUUUAUGAAAAUUACAGAGCAUUUAGGGCACGUUUCAAUUAUCUGUACAUUUGUGUAAAAAAAAGAUGUAUCUUUCAACAGGACACUAUUCAUGAAUGGGCUGCAUAUUUUGAGGUUUGGAAAGUACAACAGGGUAAAAAAGGUUGUCACUGGGCAAAAUUGCCAUACGAUGACUUAGUAGAUUGGGUGUGCACCUGAUAGAGAUUUGUAGAACUCGUUUUUUUCGAACUGAGUUCAUUCAUCCUAACAUUUUUUUGUAGGAUUCAGUGUAGCACUCAUGAUGGAUUUUAGAUGAAUUUGUUCAACUGGAAUUAUUGUUCAAUGGAAUUUCCACAAAGUGAUGUUUUACUCUUUAUUGAAGGAAAAUUUUAUGGGAGCAUGAUCGUUAUGAGUACAUAAUAAAAGUGCUUCAGUGGGGAUGAAAUCCGGGCCCUCUUGAUUUUGAUCCUGACAUUGCACCAGUUGCAUAAUCGGGACAUCUUAGCAUGCACCAAGACCAUUCAAUCUUUCGUAAUUCAGUGCACUGUUCACGUGCACUGUACCGCACCGCAUUCCAGUGGCUACAACGUAUGACGGUGGGGCAUUCCAUGAAAUAACGCUUUGAUGAGGGAGCUCCAUGUAAAAACCUCUUCCAGCUAAAUCACUGGCUUCAUUCCUCUAAAUUUUUCCCACAGGCAGCAUUUGGUGGUUGCUUAGUAACGCAGUAGUGGUCGGCUUCAUUCACUUUAGACCAGGUGUUCACAUCAUUUGUGACAGUACCAGAAAGUUUGAAAUAGCGGUUUUCUCAUCAGAAGGGACAGGGGCACCAUCAGGAGCUCACUGUCCUUCUCAUUCCAAGUUCUCUAUCGUGAGCGUUUUGCCCUCUGGAACAGGGCUGAACAUUGUUCCUCUCACUCAAAAAGUUCUGUUUUUGGUGCAACAUUGCCACAAGCAGCACAUACCUCUUGACUCAUUCCGCAUAGAACAAGCGGUGUAUACUACAUUCAAACAUGUUAUGCAAAAUUCAGCGCACAGUGCAAGAUUAGAGUACAGACGAGUCGGGGGUUUAAUUUUGAAGAACAGAAGUCGUAUUCUAGGUUGUUUGCUUUCGGGGAUUUAAUCACCUUUCAUCAGAUAUUGCAUGACUAUCAGUGAAUGCACUAGCAUCCACGAGCAACAGCAUUUCUGGCACGAUGCCAAGAAUGUUGUCGUUCUGAACAGUGCAGUAAAAGCUGUCGCCCAUCCAGGUAGGCCACGUCAGUGCGUCCAGUGUUAGUCAUGCAAAGUCUCGCAAAAGGGGUUGACAGUGACUACAGCCUAUAUUUACAGUAUGUUCCCUUGUUGACACAACAUUCAGUAAUGUCAUGACAAAUUGUGUGCGAUAGCAGCGAUGUGAGAGAGAGAGAGCAUGCUCAGAGGCAUGCACAAUUAUCGCCUGUAACGCUGCAAGUGUAUGCUGCAACGAUCAACCUCGAGUGGGUGGUUUUUGUAUGCUAAAUACUUCCUCCAAUGAAACAGCGGUGCAGCAUUUUCCUAAUAGUUCGGUGCAGCAACAAGGUUUUUUGCUUUUGAAUUUAAAAAUGGGUGUUUCCUGUUAUAUCAGGCCAGACUGUACAGUCAGCCAGAAACGUUUACAGAUGCACGGGAUUUUCAAGGAAGCUUGAUUCCCACGAAGCCCAGGCUCGUAGCCCUUAAUUCAAAGUGUCAACCUGUAGUAUGUAAUUCUUGCAACCUGUACAGUGAUCCAUUAAAAAUUAGAAGCGCCAUGCAUUUACAAAACUGAAAUUCGUAUUUGUCAUAGAACCUGUGUCCCGUAAACUUAUGUGGAUCACUGUACAUACAAGAACAAGUAUACGCAUAUGACUGUGCCCUGCUUCGCCUCCUCACUUUCACUGGAGGGAUGAGGAAAUUCUCGGAGGUGGUGUCACAUAUAGGAAGGUUUGCGCAUUCCACGCAGCAUUUGUGCAUGAUGUUUUCACUGCAGGCAUGCGCACUUGUUGACAGUGAUGCUUUGUGUGUUUAGCAGUGUUGUUGAUGCCCUUGUUUGUUGUGCUUUGUGAGGCAAGCAGUGCGAGAGGGAACAGUUGAUCAACACUGAGAUUCUAUUUUCAUGUUACUGGCACUUUCCAUACUGCUGAUCACCUCUUUCUUCUUACAGUGGUCUACCUUCUGUACAUGUUCUCACGUAGUCUUUCUUGAACAUAUGUUGGUCUUUCCUUGUGAGGCAUUUUUCAUUGCAUAAAUAGUAAGCUGCUAGCACUACAUCACAAUGCAGAUGAGUUUGGGAACUGUUAUGGGUGACGAUGGGACCACUAGAAACCACUAUUGGUUCCUUGAGCAUUGAUCGGAUUUUUUUUCUUGGUCAAGCUUGUGCUCUGUUAUAUCUGUGUCAUUUUUUUCUUCAGUCCUCUUAAACGGGUGAAAAUAUACUGUUUGCACAACUGUAGCAUGGUUAUUAAGAUAAGUUUGUUUCUGCUUGCAUGCACAAGGAGUAGAAUCUACGACACUGAAACUGGCUGGUUUAUUGCUUGUUAGCAAAAGUGAACAACAGUGCAUUCCUUGAAGGGAGCAUACCAUAUGGGUAGCAGAAAAAUAACGAUCACACCUUGAGGAGCACUGCUGACAUUAUUUUCUGCAGGACAUGGCGCAUUGAACAUUGUGUGCCUUGCAAUGCAGCUUUUACUAGUCGUUUGUAGUGCUUAGCCAGUUCUGUGGCCUUCCCGAUGACAUUGGUCUACAUAUUCUGGAAAUGCUAUCAUUGCAGUGCCGCCAUACCCGUAUUGCUGGUAUUACUUCACUCAGAGUUCUUGAAAGAAACAUCAAAGUGUCCCUUGCUAAGUAUUUUAAAACUAAAAUGCACGAGGAAACGAUGACACAAGUGGUGAUGCAGGCUACUCAAUAACACACUUUAAACUGACUUUUUUUCAAAAUUAUCAUUUCUGUUCCUGCUUGUGUCAUUGUCUUUUUCUGCAUUUAAGCUUUACAACAUUUGUCAAAAUUCUCUCUUUGUGACAAAUAUGCUAAUCAAGAUUGGCUGCCCUGGUUUGUUUGUGUUCUGCUUUUCUUUUGGCACCUCGAACCUCUGUUAUUUAUACAACUUAUUCAACUUGCUCCUAGGAACUAGAAAUACUUGAAUCAUUUAUCUGAAGUUGAAUAAAAUGCAGUCCAGAACAAGUA